AUGGCGCGGGGAAAAGGGAGAGGAAGGGGACGGGGGAGACCUCCAUCAUUAACGGAACCGUCGCCGCCAGAAUCUCCACCGGUGAGUCUGUGCGAACAACCGGAAGUACCACCUGAACGUGUAGCCAUAGAAGUUCAUGAUGAUUCUCGCAGUAGCUCGGGUCACCAACAAGAUGAACAAGCCAAGAAGCAGACACAACCUGUGGUGACGGAAACCCUAAACCCACCGGAAGGGGAACAAGCUCGCAAGCUAUGGGUGGAUGUUAUCAGCAACAAUCGAAAAAACAGUAUGGUUCUUGAUUUCAUUGCUCCCAAAGUGGUUAAUGGUAGUGUAGUUGUUGAAAUUGAGAAAUCUGAUAUUGAAUCUGAAGUAUUGUAUUGGGAGAGUGCUCUAAUCAUGUAUGUUUUGGGAGGGGAUUUGAGUAUGAAUAGUGUUAAACAGUUCAUGAUGAAGAAUUGGAACACUGUUCAAUUGCCUGAUCUGCUUUACCAUGAUGAUGGCUAUUUUCUCAUGAAGUUCAAAUCAUUCAAGGAGGAGGAAAUUUUGAUGAAUGGACCAUAUAUGAUCAAGAAUAUGCCUAUGAUACUAAGAGAUUGGAAACCUAAUUUUAGUAUGAAGAAAGAUAUGCUUAGAACCAUUCCCCUAUGGGUGAAGCUACCUCAAUUGCCAUUGGAGUACUGGGGAGCAAACAGCCUCAAGAAAAUUGGUAGUGCUAUUGGAAGACCUGUGGUCACAGACGAGUGCACUGCACACAAACUCAGGGUGUCUUAUGCUAGAAUCCUUGUGGAAAUAGAUGCUACACAGGAGGUACCUAAAGUUGUCACAAUACAGAAUGCUGAGGGUGAGCUUGUAUCACAGGAUGUGGAGUAUGAAUGGUUGCCUAAAUUCUGUGGGAAAUGCCAAAGAUUCGGUCAUAAUUGUGCCACAAAGAAGUUCAUUCCUCAAUGGAAACCAAAGGAGCCUGUAACUGCCCAGGGGACUCAAAUUGUGCCCUCCAUUGAGAAGGUUGAUCCAACUGUACCUACCAGGCUGCAGAAGGACAAAACUCCUGUACUAACAUUAGUGGAGGGAUCAAAUUUGAAUGAGAGCAGUAGCAACAAAGAUGAAGAGACCUUGACUACACCAAAAGGAGAUUGUAAAGGAAGGAGUACUAAUCGACAUAGCUGCUCAUUGGGGACUCCUAAUUUUGCUAGCAACAACGGGUUUGAUGCUUUGGGGGAUUUGGCUGAACCUCCAUUGCAAACAGAACCUGAUCCAUGCUAA